CUCAUCGCCCACCACCCAUGUCUGAACACCGCAAGAAGGAGAUCGAGGCCAAGCGCGCCAAGCUGAUGGAGCUGCGGCGCGCGCGCGAAGAGCGCUCCAGGCUCAUCGCACAGAGCACGCCGGGCAGCGGGACAGAGUCGCCCACGCCGCAGGCGGCGCGCAAGGACGUCAACUCGUUCGUGGACAAUGUUAUCGCCGCGCGCCCCGGCUCGCCGUACUCCCGCCCGUCGACGGCGGGGCCUAGCGCACAAGUGCGUACGGCGUCGCCCGUGAGCGCGCCGGGGACACCGGGGCGCACGAGCAGACUCAGCGAGGCGCGCGUGCCGAGUAUGAGUGGGAUGAGUGGGCUUGAUGACCCGCCUCCGCCGCCCGAGGUCACGGUCGAGUUUAUCACUACGUAUGCCGAGAUCUACGACAUGCCCUCCAAAGUCAUCAAGCCUGAGACGUACUCGAAAUCGGUGCAGACGAUGGUGUCGACCGGGACACAGGGCGAGGAUUAUGACGAGGAUGUACCUAGCCGAGAUGGCGCGGGACAUGAGACGGAGAACGAAACGUGGAGCCGCAUGGUCGCGCAGCUCGACGAGGAGCGGCGGCAGCUCGAGCGCGAGCUCAAGGAGCUCAAGGCCAAGACGGACAACUUGCAGCUGCAGCACCUCCCCGACGAGCAGCGGCAAGCGAUCUUCGCGGCGCCCGAGUUCAGCGCCUUCCUUGAGGGAAGCAGUCGCAUUGUGCAGCGCGCACUUAGCGACGGGUACGACUACAUCAAAGACUACACCAUUGGGCUGGAUAGCGGGUACGACGAUGGCGAGGGUCAGCGCGUCAAGUUGGUGUGUGUAUUCAGCGACGAGCGGUGGACAGCAGGGCGAAGCGUGACGGGUCUCGACUGGUCACCGAAGUAUCCCGAACUCGUAGCCGCGUCGUACAACAAAUCGAGGUCUGCACCAAAUGACCCGCAGGGCAUUGUCGCUGUGUGGAACUUGCACCUUCUCGAGCGUCCCGAGUUCGUUUUCCACGCGCCAUCCGACGUGUUGUCUGUCUGCCUGUCGCCAUUCCAUCCACAGCUCGUGUUCGGUGGGAGCCACUCGGGCCAGGUCCUACUCUGGGACACCCGAGCAUCGCACCUACCAGUAAACAAGACACCACUGAGCAGCUCGGGCCACACCUCACCCAUCUACGCCAUGAAGAUGGUCGGCACACAGAAUGCCAACAGCUUGAUCACGACGAGUACAGACGGUCUCGUCUGUGCAUGGCAGGCCGAUAUGCUGAGCCAACCACAGGAGGCACUACUUCUUGCGGUGCCAAGCGGCGGACCAGCGAGCACCACCAAGACGGACGAGGUGUCGAUCGCAUGCCUCGACUUUGCGGACAACGAAACCGCAAGCUUCUGGGUCGGCACAGAGGAGGGCUCGGUGUACCAGGCCAACCGCUUUGACCGUGCUUCUGCCAAGGCCGGGUUGAACGCUGACGAUGUCUACCGCGGACACGCUGGCCCGGUCACAGGCAUUCACUUCCACCCCUCCGCCGGACCAUUCGACUUCUCCGAUCUUUUCCUCACGUCAUCCGUCGAUUGGACUGUCAAGCUGUGGCGCGCACGCGGCAAGACGCAUGCCCCCGUGCAGGCCGGCGUGCCUCCACUGCACUCCUUCGAUGAGGCGGACGACUACGUCUUUGACGUCAAGUGGCACCCGUCGCACCCCGCACUCUUCGGCACGGCGGACGGCACGGGCAAGUUUGACCUAUGGAACCUCAACGCGGAUAUGGAAGUGCCACUGGUCUCGACGCAGGUGUGCAAUCACGCGCUGAACAAGAUUGCAUGGGACCGCGGGGCCGGGCGCAAGGCUGCGCUCGGCGGCAGCGACGGCAAGGUGUAUGUCUACGACGUGGCCGAGAAAGUAGUGACACCGCGCGAGAGUGAGUGGGUCGAGUUCCAGAAGAAUGUCGGCGCACUCGCGGCCGCACGCGACGGCGGUGGCCUGGCCGCACUAGGCGCACUCAAUGAGCGCUACACCGAGCGGAACUACCGGUAGUAGUCUAUGCAUUGUCUAUUUAUCCGAGGCUUGAGUAUCCGCCACGCCCCGUCGAGCUGCGGACGUUGCCGACGACAUGUCCGCCAAAGUCGCGGCCGAGCGCGGGCAGCUCACGCCAAAAGUCGCGGUGCGGAACCAGGUCCCACCCCCGCGCGCCGUAUUGCUGGUGGUUGUAGACUGCGC